GACGAGAAUUGCUACACUAUAGAGAUUUGCUUCGAAGCCGAUCGUCGUCGUAAAAUCCAAUCUGAAUAAUAUUAAUUUCUCUCAUCACUGCAAAAAGCGCUUCAGUCUUUUUCAUUGAGACUGUGGAAAUCCGAUCGGGAAAAGUUCGGGUCGGAUUUUCCGGUGAGAAAAUGGGAGCAUGUGUGUCGAGGCCGAAGGGCUGGGCGAUGGGAUUGUCAAAGAAGAAGAAGAACGGCGGCCACCGGCAAAAACGGAUCAUCCGGCGGCGUGUUUCCUCCUCCAACAAAUCCACCAACCCUCAACACCAAGGGAGUAUGGAUAGCGCGUGGUUUGAUUGUACUUCAGUGAUGGAUUCGGAGCGAGGAGAUGAAGAGUUCUACAGUGUGUAUGAUGAUGUGGUGUCUUUAAACGGUUCGGAGAGCGCGUUACAGAGGACUAGGGAGGGUGGUGGGGAUGAGAGUGACAGAAUGCAAGGGUUGGCGGUUGUUCAGAAUAACUGCCUGCCUUGUAUUCCUUCGAGUAGUCCUCCAGCGGUGGAGAACAAGUUGAGUUUUCGGAAGAGGUUGGGGCCGUCUAGGCUUUCGUUUAAGUGGAGGGAAGGGCAUGCUGCUGCUGCUGCUGCUGCUCCAGCUGAUCCCACAUUAGUUUCGCCCAGGGCGGUUGUUAGAAGACCGAUAGCAGGUUCGACGAUUCCAUACUGCCCAAUGGGGAAGAGAAUGGCAGAUUGUUGGUCACCUCUUGAGCCAAACACAUUCAAAGUCCGGGGAAAGAAUUAUCUUAGGGACAAAAAGAAAGAGUUAGCUCCCAAUUGCGCUGCGUAUUAUCCUUUCGGGGUUGAUAUUUUCUUGUCUCAGAGGAAGAUUGAUCAUAUCGCUCGCUUUGUGGAACUUCCUGUUGUGAAUGUAGAUGGAGAUGUCCCUUCUAUUCUUGUUGUAAAUGUUCAGAUACCUCUGUAUCCUAUCUCUAUGUUUCAAAGCGAACAUGAUGGAGAAGGAAUGAAUUUGGUCAUGUAUUUUAAGCUUUCUGAAAGUUACUCAAAAGACCUUCCAUCUCAUUUCCGCGAUAGUUUAACUAAAUUCAUCAACGAUGAAGUGGAGAGAGUUAGAGGAUUCCCUGUUGAUACAAUUGCACCCUUCAGGGAAAGAUUGAAAAUAUUGGGCCGAAUAGUAAAUAUGGAUGAACUCAGCAAAUUGAAUUUAAACACAGCUGAGAGGAAGCUAAUGAAUGCAUGCAACGAAAAACCUGUCCUUUCACGCCCUCAACAUGAAUUUUACUUGGGAGAAAACUACUUUGAGAUUGAUUUAGAUUUGCACAGAUUCAGCUACGUAUCCAGAAAGGGUAUUGAAUCAUUUCAUGAGAGAAUGAAGCUAUCAAUACUGGAUUUUGGUCUGACAAUUCAGGGAAACAAGGCAGAAGAAUUGCCCGAGCAUAUUUUAUGCUGCGUACGGUUGGAUGAACUUGAUUACAAUAAUCGUUACCAUCUAGGAACUUGAGUAAAAAAACUCCUCUACAAUCCCUACAAAUGCUUCAACAUGCAGGAACAAGGCAGAAGUAUUGCCCGAGUAUGUUAUGCUGCGUAAGGUGGAUGAACACAAAAAUCUUUACCGUAUGGGAACUUGAGUCAAGAACACCAUGUAAUCCCAAGAAAUGUUUGAAUACUAGAGGUUUUCAGAUCAGAUAGGAACCUACAAAUAAGUUAAUUCCACGAUACCAUAAGGUUGUAGAUCACA